AUGGCGUGUUUUAUUCGGCGGCGGCUCCUGCUGGAGGAAGUACACUCGGGUCAGCUCUUCUUCGAGUAUCUGCUGGUGGUCAGUCUGAGGAAGAAGAGGAACGAGGAAGGUUACGAGCCCCACAUCACAUACCAGUUCCCCAAGCGUGAGGUGAUGGGACGUCUGCAGCGCGAGGAAGAGGAGAAGUGCAUGAAGGCCGCUCAUCUCUUCUGCUUUCCAGAGGGAAUCAACUGGGCUCCUUUGACCGAAUACAAGAGCGAGACGUUCUCGUUCGUUCUGACUGAAGUGGACGGCAGCCGGAGGAACGGAUACUGCAGGAGACUGCUGCCGGCCGGACGCGGCGCUCGUGUUCCAGAGGCGUACUGCAUCAUCAGCCGCGUGGCUUGUUUCGGACUAUUCUCAAAGAUCUUUGACGAGGUAGAGAAGCGCAGGCAGAUCUCCAAAGCCAUGAUCUAUCCGUUCAUGCAGAGCCUCGCCGAAAACACCGUCACCGUCACCAGCUUCAUCCCGGACGCUGGCACAGAGAUCAUCAGUCUGACGCGGCCAGCCGAGUCCUGGCUCGAACACGUCGACUUCCGCACACUCUUCCGCUGCCUGAACGAUGACGAGGUGCUGAUGGUGUUCGCCGCCACCGUCAUGGAGCGACAAAUCAUCUUCAUCUCUGAGGAGCUCAGCACUCUGUCGCAGGUUCUUCACGCUGUAGCUGCUCUGCUGUAUCCGUUCGUGUGGCAGCACACGUUUAUAUCAAUCGUUCCUACGGUUCUGAUCGACGUGUGCGCCGCGCCGACACCCUUCCUGCUGGGAGUCCAGAAGAGCCUGCUGGAGCAGCUGACAGACCACAGCGACCUGAUGAUUGUUGAUCUGUCGCCUGGAGCAGAAACUAAAUUCAUUACCAGAAUGGGAGACGAGGAGUCGCUGCUGCCUGCUAAACUGAAGGAGGAGCUGCUGUCGCGACUGUCUGCGCGCAAACGUGACGCCUCGACGGAGGAGCUGAACCGGCUGGUGUCAGAGGCCUUCCUGUCCGUCUUCGUCCGGAGCGUGGGUCACUUCUCGCAACACUUCAGGAGGAGCGGGAACUCACGCCGCUUUCACAAGAAGAGCUUCCUGAAGGCCGUGCAGCACAAGUCACACGUGGACUUCGUCAAGCUCUUCAUCCAGACGCAGAUGUUCGAUCUGUUCAUUCAGGAAGAGGAAACGCAGGCCAACCCUAACGCGUUCUUUCACAGGAAGGUGUUGGAGUAUCACGAGAGGAAGAAGAAGGAGAAGACGAAGGCCGGAUGGGUGUGAGGUGUGGUGCUUUAGGAUGUCUUCACAUUCGUUCAGUCUCAACCUUUCCUUAUUAACAUGCUUCAGACGUUUCCUCAAUAUUUAAUCCUGUUUAUUCGUACGCUGUUUUAACAUAAUAACAUAUAAAGUGAACUGAUACAUGUUACUUUGAGAGUACCGUAAGUGUAAGAUUUGAAACAGGAUCAUGUCCAGCUCAUAUUUGUCCUUAUUAAAGUAAAAUUGGAAUUAUUCA